CAUUUGGAUUUGGGCGGAAACUGCUGCAUUUAUUUGGACCCACACCCACCGCUUGUAAUAAUUCAUUUACUCCGCCGCCGCGUUCUACACAAUUCACCGGAAAUCGAAAAGUUGAAAUGCUUCGUCCGAAACUAGCCUCCCGCAAGCCGCCACCUCCACGGCGCUCCUGCACCAACGGCAGCGUUUCCGAUCCCCAUUCCGACAUUCUUAGUAGAGAAUCGAUGAUAUACAUUAGAAGUCGGGCUUAUUAUUUCCGGAGGUGUAAAAAGAAGAGGCCAAUGCCAACAAAUAUAGAGUCCCUCCCCACAGACCUAUUGUUCGAAAUCCUCCUCCGUAUGCCGGCCGAUCAUCUCUACGAGAGAGCGAGGCUCGUGUGCCGGCGGUGGUGCCACAUUAUCCAUUCUCAUGCCUUCAUCAACGCGCAGAUGCACGGUGCUACCUAUGGCCUCCUUUUAUCACCCCCAAACUGGAUUAUUACUCUGCCACGUUAUGUAACAGCCGACGCAGACGGUGGAAUUCACACAUCUAAGAUAACUCACCUCUCCAAAUCGAGAGUUGUUGCUACCUGCAACGGUUUGGAGUUGGAAGCCAAAGGUUACCAAUUCCCUCGUCUUGUGAUUGUGAAUCCUGCAACGAAGCAGUCAUUCCACCUCCCACCAUUGCCUACAGGCGUAAAUGUAAUCUAUGCCGUGCUCCGGUAUGGUUUUGCAUACUCUGCAGCUUCCUUGGCGUAUAAAGUGAUUGCACCGUACCAUUUUGGCCAAUCGCCACCACGCCUAGAAACUGACAGCGGUCUUGACGUGCUCACCGUUGGAAUCGAUGAAUCCUGGAGGCACGUUGAGGUUCACCACCUCCCCGACCAUUUCAGGCAAUUUUUGUUCUUUAUGGAUCCCUUGACUAGUGAAGGUUUCGUGCAUUGGGGAAGGGGGAGAUACUGCGCGACGAUGGAUGUGGAGACGGAGAUCAUUACACUGAGUGAAGCCCCUCAUCAGUACCAUGAAAACAACUAUAAAUAUCUGUCGACUGGGAGGUGUCUGUCUCUCCUGGUAGCGUGUGGGGAUCUGUCGUGGGAGGUUUGGGAGAUGAAGGCAGAGACGGGCGAGUGGAGGAAGGCGCUGCCCAACGUCGACUUGGGAGCUAAGAAAUGCAUGAUUCAACAGCUUGCUCCUAAAGAUGCUCCUCGAGUUCUUGUGCCACUUGGUUGGGUUAACUAUCCACAGGUUUUGGCCUUCUAUUUUGGCGAAGAUAUUUAUCAUGGGUGCCAAUGGCGGCCUUUCAUUUUCUACAAUCUUGAUACGCAUAAACUCCACUACAUAGAGCUUCCACAAUCCAAUAUUAGUGAGUAUGGGGCUUUUCCGCAUAAGAAUAAUCUGACAUGGCUAAGCUAAAAGAGUGUUAUUGUUAGUAUUAUUGUUUAUAUUUGGUUUAAGUUAAAAGAAUUUAUAUAUUUUGCGGCAAUUUUAAAAAAUAUUUUAUGAUGUUUAUUUCUUCAA